CAUGUCAGGCACGGUUCUUGCGUGGGCAUCUAAGCGGGCUGCCUGUCCUCGGACCUUGCUCUCCCAAUGUUACCUUUCAACAAUCGUUCAAUCGACGAGUCGCCCACGCAAUGAGUGGGAUGCUUUUGCUCCUUUGGAGUUCAGCGACUAUGGCCCUGUCAGGUAAAAGCAUGAGACAGAACCUUGUAGAUGGAUUCGAUAGGGCGCCCUUCACCGUGAACUCUCGGCCUAGAUUCCACGAAUGAAGCGCUUCUGGUCUUGACGACAAGUGACACGCACUCUUGACCUUGGACUCGCCUGGCAAGGAAGCAUUUCUGAGAAGAAGACCUCGCCAGCAUGUCAUCAGGUCCUGUUGAGGUCCUUCAAGGUGGAAAAGCAUGGCUUCGAUGUGGUCAGGGGAUGAAUCUUGGAGAAGCGCCGAUAUAUCGCGCCAGCGAUUCCACGCUACACUGGGUAGACUGUCUGUGUGAACCACCAGAGUUGCAUAUUCAGCGCGUUGGUCCAGAGACUGGCGAUGCCAUUGGAGAUACGAGGGUGCUACAACUGGAAGACAGUGUCACUGUGGCGUUCUUCCGGAAGGAGAAGCCUGGGAGCUACAUUUGCGCGUACUUUCAGGGCGUGGCAUUUCUGGACGAAGCUACGGGCAAGCUUGAAGUGGUCAAAGAGAUCAUUCCAACUGAAGAUCGCGGUAUACGACGAUUCAAUGACGGCGGUGUCGAUGCCAAGGGUCGUUUCUGGCUUGCUGAGAUCGAUCGUGUGGCUAUGGCGUAUGGAGCCAAUAAGUUGCCUGCCAGUCAUGGUGAGCCGAUCGGUCGGUUGUGGCGGUAUGAUCCUGAUGGGACUCUGCAUUUGAUGGAGACGGGGAUUAUAUGUGGGAAUGGGCUGGCUUGGAGUCCGGAUAACAAGACGAUGUACUUUAACGACUCAGUGGCGAUGAUGGUGUUUGCUUAUGAUAUCGACCUCGAGAGCGGCAGUAUCUCGAAUAAGAGGUUGUGUAUUGAUCGGCGGACGUCGUUUGGUGAACCAGAUGGGAUGGUCGUUGAUACUGAGGGCAAUCUUUGGAUUGCAGUGUUCGCUUCAUCCCGAGUCAUGGUGUUUAGUCCGGCUGGAGAACAUCUCAAGGAUAUUGUCUUCUCGGCGAACAAUAUGGCUUGCACGACUUGGGGUGGGCGGGAAUUUGAUAUCCUCUACAUUGCUUCUGGGAAGGAUAAGAGCCCUGACGCGAGUCAGGAUGAUGAGGGUGGACAUAUGUUCCGGUACAAACCUGUUGGUGUCAAGGGGAUGCCGAAGCAUGAGUUUGACGGGUAGAAUACCGCUACAGUACAAUCUAUCAUUCUUAA